CUUGCUCCAUCGGUCGUCACCUCUUUGUAUCACAGCAGCCCGUAGUGCCGCCACCCACCUUGUCAUCGCCUCGCUCUAUAUAUCACGCGCGCCAGGGAGCCGCAGCGCCGCCAGCCAACCAGCUUGCCGCCUCCCAUCGCACAGGAACACACGGAAAGAGACCAGCAGUGAGGUCUCGGGUGGUCUCGAGUCGAUGGGUCGCGAAGCUGCAUGCCGCGCCGCCGUCUCCAUGGCGCCGCCCCCGGCGCGCGCCCUUCUAGUUCUCGCCGCCGCCCUCACCGUGAUCCUCGCGGUGCUGGCGCCGGCGGCGUUGGCGGCGUGGGUGGACUACCCGUCGGGGGUGCCGUGCGGGGAGACGUUCCCGGUGGAGCAGUGCGACCCCGGGGAUGCGGCGGCUAACAGCGCGUGCAUGGACAUGUGCCACUACGGCGGGUGCCGGCGCGGCGGCCAGUGCGUGUCCCUUGGCUUCGGCCGCGGCCGGGGCUGCCACUGCAAGUGCUAGCUGGCCGGGCUGUUGGCAAAGGAGCAGCGGCAGGGGAGCUUUCGUAGCACACUUACACUAGCGUACGGUAGGCGCCGGGAGUAGUGUAUCUGCAUGUUGAUUUUGGUGACCCUUUUUUUUGGUGGCAUGGUGCUUGCGUUUGUUUGUUCUUCUUCGUUCUGCCUUUUGUGCCCAGAGCGUAUAUGUGAGUUUGGAGACGGCGAGGGAGUGAGAGACACAGGGGAGGGAGAGUCAUCACGUGCCUUUCGCUCCCUCGCCUCUGCUGUCUGCCUCUUGCUUUUCACUCUAACUGGAACAGUUUUUUUUUUAA